CUCAAACUCAUAAAGAUCUGCCUGGCUCUGGCUCCCCCUUGCUUUUUGUAUACUCUUUUAAGGCAGUGUCUCCUUUAGCCCAGGUAAGCCUCAAAGAUGUAGCCAAAGAUGAUCUUGAAUUUUGGAUAUUCUUGCUUGUACUUUUUGAGUAUUGGUAUUACAGAUGUGCACCACCACACUUGGCCUGUGUAUACGUCUUAUAAGUACCAAUCAUUGCUCCUGAUCAUUCUACCAUGGCUCUUUUCCCAAUCUACCAUGGCUCUUUUCCCAUGCUAUCUGUCCCCCACUAUGGUUCCAGCUUCAGCAGAGCAGGCACUGUGUCUAGAAUAUGCCUAGAAUGAAAUAGAUGCGAAGUCACCAUUCUACUAAAUGAAGAAAUCAAUUAAUGUUCUGCUCUGAGGAUAUGGCUGAAGACCUAUCUGUGGACAUCCUGCUUUCUAGAAGCCAAGACAGUGUGUCUUUGUGCUUGAUACAUGGGUUGUGGUGCUCAUCUGGGUCUUUGGUCUGGGGAUGUGAGGCAUAAUGUUGCUAGCAGCUUGCAAGACAGGCAGCUUUUGCUUGAGAUAUGGGUGAGGGAAGAAGUAUUGCUAAAUCAAGCCAGAGAUAAGAUGUCAAAAGGCCUGUGGUGGUGUGGGGCCCUCAGCUAUGACUCCCCUGUAGGAUAGAGGGAAAAACUCUGGGGUGGGUAACUGCCAGUAGAACACAACAAAUAGAAAACUUAGGCCAGCUCCUCUGUCCCUUCACAUAUCAAACUUGGCCAUGACCCUUACUAUGGGACCAGUUUAAUCUGGCCUGAAGUCCUUAAAGGCUUGACAGAGUGCCACAGCAGUCCCACCCCUGAACAGCUUCUUGUGUCUGUUUAGAAGCCAGAGCACUGAGUUUUCUGCCUCAGGACCCUUCCCAAGUGCACAGGGGCUGCUGAGCCUGGGUACCUUGCUUCAGGACACACUUCUUCUGCACUUAGUUCCAGUUUUUAGCUCAGUCAGGUGUCAAGGAACCUUUGGUGUGGACAGGAUGGUUGUCUGUCUGUCUGUAUGUCUGUCUGUCUGUCUGUCUUUGCCUCCCUUACCUCUUACUGGCCUGGUUGGCUCAAGCCGUACAUGUCGGCCAGACCUGAACCGAGGUCCCCUUACAGAGAUGCGCUCACAGUUGAGUGAGCAGCUCCGUUGCCUGGAGCUUCAGGGAGAGCUGCGGCGAGAUUUGCUGCAGGAGCUAGCUGAGUUCAUGCGGCGCCGGGCAGAGGUGGAGCUGGAGUACUCUCGGGGCCUGGACAAGUUGGCUGAACGCUUUGCCAGCCGCAGUGGUCGCCUGGGGGGCAGCAGCCGGGAGCAGCAAAGCUUCCGGAAGGAGCCGACUCUCCUGUCACCCUUGCACUGCUGGUCUGUGUUGCUGGAGCACACAAGGCAGCAGAGUCGAGAAAGUGCCGCCCUCAGCGAGGUGCUGGCUGGGCCCCUGGCUCAGCGCCUGAGUCAUAUUGCUGAGGAUGUGGGACGCAUAGUCAAAAAGAGUAAGGACCUGGUGCAGCAGCUGCAGGAUGAGCUCCUGGAGGUGGUCUCAGAACUCCAGACAACCAAGAAGACAUAUCAUGUGUACUACUUGGAGAGCAUGAAUGCUGAGACCAAACUCCGGGAAGCUGAGCGGCAGGAGGAGAAGCGGUCAGGCCGGAAUGCCCUGCCCGCCAGCACUGCUGCCUCUGCCAGCACCACUGCUGUUACCACCACUGAGACAGGCCCCCUCCGAAAGAGCUCUCUCAAGAAAGGAGGGCGGCUAGUGGAGAAGCGUCAGGCCAAGUUCUUGGAGCAUAAACUUAAGUGCACUAAGGCCCGAAACGAGUACCUGCUCAGCCUGGCCAGUGUCAAUGCUGCCGUCAGCAACUACUACUUGCAUGAUAUCUUGGACCUCAUGGAUUGCUGUGACACAGGUUUCCACUUGGCCCUGGGACAGACCCUCCGGAGCUACACAGCUGCUGAGAACCGCACCCAAGCCUCCCAGAUGCAGGGAUUGGGCAGCCUGGAAGAGGCUCUGGAGGCCCUAGAUCCUCCAGGGGACAAGGCCAAGGUGCUUGAGGUUCAUGCCAGGGCCUUCUGUCCCGAUAUACACGAUCUACACUUUGACUACCAGCCCCAUGAAGGUGAUGAGGUGGCUGAGAUCCAGGUUGAGAUGGAACUUCGGAAUGAGAUUUUGCCCAGAGCCCAAAACAUCCAGAGUCGCCUGGACCAAAAGACCAUCGAGACAGAAGAGGCAUGGAUGGCCAAGCCUGGGGUGAAUAAGACACUGAAGGCAACACUUCAGGCUCUUCUAGAGGUGGUGGCAUCAGAGGAUGGGGACAUACUAGACUCUUUGCAGGCCAGCCCCUCCACUGAGUCCCUCAAAUCCACAAACUCAGACCCGGGCACUCGACAGACAGGCCGAAGACGGAGCCAGCAGCAGGAGACAGAGACCUUCUACAUUACGAAGCUGCAGGAGUAUCUGAGUGGCCGGAGCAUUCUUGCUAAGCUGCAGGCCAAGCAUGAAAAGCUGCAGGAGGCCAUACAACGAGGUAACAAGGAAGAGCGAAAAACAUCUUGGACUCAGUGCACAGAGAGAAAAUUCCACAAGAGCCACCAACCCCAACCUAGCUCCCAGUGUAACCAGAGACUCUUUGGAGGUGACCUGGAGAAGUUUAUCCGGAGCUCAGGCCAACCUGUGCCCGCUGUGGUGAAGAGCUGUAUCCAUUUCAUUAACCUCAAUGGCCUGCAGCAUGAAGGCAUCUUCCGGGUAUCAGGUGCCCAGGCCCGGAUUUCUGAGAUCCGAGAUGCCUUUGAAAGAGGGGAGGAUCCUCUGGUGGAAGGUUGUACUGCUCAUGACCUAGACUCUGUGGCUGGGGUACUGAAGCUGUACUUCCGGAGCCUGGAGCCCCCACUCUUCCCCUUGGACAUGUUUAACGAGCUGCUGGCUUCAGCAGAACUGGAGGCUGUGGGUGAGCGGGUGGAGCCUGUGAGCCAUCUGCUGUCCAGACUGCCCAGACCUGUGCUAGUAGUCCUGCGAUAUCUUUUCACCUUCCUCAACCACCUGACCCAGUACAGCGAUGAGAACAUGAUGGACUCCUACAACCUGGCUGUAUGCUUCGGGCCUACACUGUUGCCUGUGCCUGCUGGGCAGGAUCCUGUAGCCUUGCAGGGCAGGGUGAACCAGCUGGUGCAGACUCUUAUCCUUCAACCAGCUCGAGUUUUCCCUCCCCUGGCUAUGUUGCCAGGCCCUGUCUAUGAGAAGUGCAUGGCACCACCUUCUGCCAGCUGCCUGGGGGAUGGCCAGUUGGAGAACCUUGUUGGGGAGCUGGAGUUGGAAGCUGGGACCACAGCUCAGGAGGAUGACCAGGAAGGAGUUGUGGAGGCUGUGGCCUGCUUUGCCUAUACUGGCCGGACAGCCCAGGAGCUGACAUUCCAGCGAGGGGAUGUGCUACGGCUGUAUGCUCGGGCAUCAAGUGACUGGUGGCGAGGGGAGCAUGCUGGUGUGCAGGGACUCAUUCCCCAUAAGUACAUCACACUGCCUGAGGGGGAUGAGAAGCAGACAACUGGUCUGCAGGCCACGGCAGAAUCUGUGAGCCAUCCAGAGGGCUUCCUGACCUUGGAGUUUACCAAUCGGAUGGAAAUAGGCACCCCACCUGAGGCUGUGAGCCCCUCUGGGCACAGACGACACUGUUUGGUCCCCACCUCCCCUGAGCAACAUGUGGAGAUGGAUAAGGCUGUGGCCCAGAACAUGGACUCUGUGUUUAAGGAGCUCCUGGGAAAAGCUGCUGUCCGCCAGGGACAUGGGCUAUUAUCUACAGCCCCCCGCAGUCUAGGAACCCGAAAUCUGAAGCCCCUGGCCUGCAGCAGCUUCGGCAAAAACAAAGUUUUCUCCCGGGGACCUGGGGCUCCAGUUUCCCCCUCAGUCUCCCAUCCCCAGGGUCCAGACUCAACUCGCAAGCCACUCUGAGGCAGCUUACCUCCAGCAGUCACCAGACCACCAUUCCUCCUAGGUCUGUUGUCUCUCCACAACCCUGCUCUAGGCCACUUUGAAGGCUAGAGAUAAGCCCCUCUGUGUUUUGGCUGGGAAAUCUUGGGCUGUGGCUGUGGAAGGUGGAAGUUGCAGCAAUUCAUAAAGACCCAUGCACUA